AUGGCUGUCCGACCUAUUGACCUCAAUUUCGUUUUCGAUCUGCGGCAACAGCUGGAUUUGCCUGGAUGUGACGAGAUCGUGCUGAGUGAACUCGGUCGAUAUGUCAAAACCUCCACUAUUGAAAACGUACUGUAUACCAGCCUUGCUGACGCGCUCCUGGUCCUCCACUAUCAUAGGAGUGACCAGUCCGAAUUUUGGGAACGAGUCCAGCCUUUGCUUGGAGAUUGGAAUAUCGAUGAGUUGGCCCAAAAUGUGGUCGACGCUGAUAAGUGGCUCAACUCUGGUUACUGGCCUUGGGGUGGUAAGGGCGACGUACCCAUUACCAUUGAUGGUAUAAGGAAAGGGGUGGAGGCGUAUGGCAUAUGGCUCCGGGAGCGGGGCGAGGGGGCGACGGAAGAAGAGGAAGAGGAGGAGGAAGAAGGGGAGGAAGAAGAGGAGUGGGAGGAGUAUGACCCCGACCUAUGGGAGAAGGGUCCGGCGGAGGAGGUGGAGCAGGGGCAGCCCGGGGACGGCCUCGGAGUGGGUCCUGUACCGGACACCAUUGACUUGACCGAAGAGAACUUGCAAGAAGACCUCCUCAAACAGCAUGCAGCGGAGGAAGCUGUAGUUGAUGAAAGGUCCGGAGGAGCUGAAGUCGAGCAGAUCGAAGAGGAGGGAGGGGACGAGGCUGGAGAGGACGAGGAGGAAGAGGACGAGGAGGAAGAGGACGAGGAGAUGCAGGAUUUUGAUUCAGCACACUCCUCCGACGAAUCUCCGCCUGCGGGCGCGAAGGCGCGGGCUGCGCUUGCGCGCCUCGGCGUUCGCGGUUUCACUCCUAGACCGAAGAAAGGCAAUCGCGUGAUGAACGGCUUCCCGGCAAACCUGCGAGAUCUCCCCAAGUUCCGUCGAAGACUGCGCGCCAGAGGCGGCUACCCCGCGCCCUUCGGGGCGGACAAGGUCGAGGUCAAAGCUCCGUUCAAGCUAUCCAGGCCUGCUGCCAACGUCUACAGCAUGUCCAAGCACUACCUCUACUCCGAGAGGUAUGCUCAGGCGUUGGCCAGCGACAGAGCCGCCGACCGGCGUGCCGAAUCCAGAUCGCCGAGCAAUCUGCAUGUCAUCUCCGACGAAGCGUACAGGUCCAACCUCGACAGGCGCACUGGCCUGGUCGGGCGAGACCUGCCGAGGACGCUGCCCGACGGCACACAACUCGGAGAGGACGCCGUGAGCUACGCUCGCGAGCAUGGCGCCACCCGCGCCGGAUUCCAGCAGGCCCUCCGGCACUUUGACAACCGAGAGCAUGCCGUCUUCCGGUCCCCCUACCGCCAGAUCCCCCUGCCCGUAACGGCCAGGGAGCUCCAAGAGGCGACGAGACAGGCGCUGGGGCUGUUCAUACGCCCGGGGCCGAUAAGCCCGGAGCAGCUGCCAGCAGGGCAGCGGCAGCACCCGCAGAUCUACAGCCUGGAAAUGAACCGACGCGCCCUGUCUCGCGACGAAUGGAUGGAGCGAGCCCGCCAGAAAUCCGAGUACGACCACAGAAAAAACAAGGACUGGGUGCCGAUCCCGAAGCUGCCGGGCGCGUACUUUCGCCCGCCGAUCGAGCCCCAUCUGCUCAAGGCGAAGAACCUCUGGAAGGCUACGAGCACGGCCAUUGCCGAGUUCAAACGCGCCAGCAAGAUUGCCCCGAGGCCCUUGCUCGGACUCAUGACCUCCUUCUUGGAAAGGGUUUGGCGCGAAGAUGAUAAGUGGGAUUUGCGCAAGAGUUUGAGGCCGUACUAUGAUUACAAGAUGUUUGGAGACGAGAUUGAUAUCAAACUCAUCACUCCGACGGAGCUCGACUGGUUCACGUGGCUGGUGACAAAGUCGUGCAACGCGGAGCUGCUGAUCGACCUCCCGCGGCAAGAAAAGACGCUGUUCCUCGUGUUUGCGGAGAGGCUGCAGCGGCUCAUGGACGACAUCAGCGAGGAGGCGCUGUUCCCGGACCUCGAGACCAAAGUGUCUGUGAGCGAGCUGCUGGAGGUGAUGCACCGAGGUGCUGACCACCCGACGAAUAGCAAGGCCAAGUUUUCAGAAUUUGAUGCCGCGUGCUGGAUCAAGCGCCUUAGCAAGUACGGUAGAUGCCGCUGGCAGGCUGACAACGAGGAGUUGGGUUUCGUCCUGCGACCGAAGCUCGAUAUCCACCCCGAGCACCAGAUUCGCUGGGGGGUCGAACUUCCAGGUUUCACGCGCAGGCCCACUAAGGACGGCCACUUGCACCCGGACGAUGCUGUCGGCGCGCCCCGUCGAGAUCUAGACGUUGACAGCUGGGAGGAAACCGUCUGGAGCAACCGGCCGUGGACCCCGCCGGGGAAAGGCCCGUCCGCGAUCGAGGGCUGGUUUUGCAUCCUCGCGCUCCGCGUCGGCUAUACGAAACACUUCCUCGAGACGCAAUCCAAGGAGCUCUGGGAGUCCAGCCCGAGGAUCGACCCCGGCAGGAUCGAGAAGUCUAGGCAGGUGCUCCUCGAGAACUACAAGGCCCUGACCCGUUCCGCUCCCGACGGAGCGCCGCCCCGGGCGAGGACACUCCUCAGAGCCAUCUCUGGCGCCUCGACGAGGGGGAUGAGCGAGCGCGAGGCGCUGCUCGAGGUCCGCGACCUCAUCCAGGACGAGUCCCACCUCAACCUGCCGGCCCUGUACCCCGCUUUCGAGAGCACGUACCGGGACGAGCAGACGGGCAAGAUGAAGCGGGUGCUCAAGCGCGAGACCAUCUGGGACUGGGGCCAGCCCGAGGUGCGCGGCACGGCGCCGCGGUUCUUCAGCCUCGACCGGUGGCCGCUCGAGGUGCAGGCGCCCGAGCAGGCGCGGCGGGUCCGCGAGGGCGAGUACGUGCACGACCCGGCGCAGACGUGGGAUCCCUGCGUCGAGGAUCCCACGCCGACGCGGUGGCUCGUGGAGAAGGCCGUGCCGUUCGGCGAGAAGAGGAUCGAGACGUACAGGGGCCCCGUGGACUUUGUCGAGGGGGACACGCCGCGGCAGAAGAAGGCGUACGUGGAUGGCGUGACUACCCGGGCCGCGCAAGGUAUGUUUCUUUUACACUUUUCAGUUGAUUUAUGCCCUGGCAUGAGGACCCGUCAGGGGGGCGACAAGAGCGAUGAAGAGCUAACGUUUUAUCUGGUCACAGCGUUGGGUCUACUCGAGCGCGGACAGGAAGCGAGCCCGGGUUUCAUAGAGAGGCUGGCUAGGUUCUUGCCGUUCGGCACGGGCAGCCCGGGCAAGGGCAAGGAGGUGGGAGGAGGUGGGCAGGGAGGAAAGAGGAAGAGGGACGGAGACGAGUUGGACAGGUGGACCCCCAAGAGGCGUAGGCCGCUGUCGGCUUGA